CAUCUUUAUCUCUUUUAAUGUUAUUUAUUUAGCGUGUCUGAGAAGCACAGUUUUUUUUCCCGCCAAAAAUCAUGGAUCUCCCGCCAUUCGCUGAGGUUGUCAACCAGCGGAAUCUCGCGCUGCCGAACGGCGUGCAGCCGACCUUCACGCUCGCCCAGGACACACCUGCACACGCAGCCAUCCUGAGCUCAUCCGACUGCGUAGCGCGGGCUCGCGAGGUCCUCCGCGCGCUGUCCUUUGCGAGCUCACAUACAGCAAAGACGGAAAUGUUCACCGAGGUCGACUUGUUGGCGCGGAUUGUGUACAAGAACAAAAACCAGCAGCAAUCCUCAAAACAGCUCCAACUCGUCAUUCACGUGCUGCGUCUAGCACGCCGUAUCAAGAGCUUGGCGAUUCGAGGCGUUAUCAAGGAAAUCGGUGCUUUGUUUUCAGUCCCUCCACCAGUGACUGCGUCCUCUUCCAAACCCGUCGAUGCAGCAUCCGCAAACAACAAGUCGUCAGCCCAGCAAACGUCCACCGCAAACAAGAAGAUUCAGCUCCCGAGCACAGCGUCCAUCGAUUUUGCUCUCGUCCGAAUCGCCGCUGUCGCCAUGCUGGCUCGUCAGGCACAUCUCACUUCUGUCCGAUGUAGUGCAGUGCUAGUGGACAGCAUUCGCCAUGCCCGGUUCAUUCCCAUCAUGCUUUCGUUGCUCGCGAGCGUUUCUCGAAUCGACGUUUACCUCCGCCAGCUCGAAAGCGAUCUUGUUUCGGUCUAUCAAGUGCUUUUUACUUGGAAAAGUCUCACCAUGACAGUAGAGUGGACUGCACGACAAGCUCAGCCGCCAUUGUCUGCAACCAGAAGCGCGGGCAAACGUCCGGCAACCGCCACAGCCGCGGCAAUCAUUGAAGAAAUCGCCGCAUUUCCAUUAGGCACACGACGAAAGAUUGUCGCGACCUUGCACACUCUCCUCUCGACUGCAGCGUGUCCCAGUUCUCUCACACAGUGGCUGGACGAGCAUCUGGGCGCCUCGGCAUCGCUGCACGGCCUGAGCGAAGCGCGCAUGCCCCUGGAUGACAAUUCGCUCGCUGCUUUUGGCGGCAGUGCUGCAGCAUCCAGUGACGAUCCUUUCGGGAUGGGCGUGCAAGAUAGCGACGACAGCGAUUCAGAGCAGAACAGCACUCCGCUGCAACCUUCGGCAAGUGCCAGCAGCACAUCUACCAAAGGCUCUGCUGAAGCUGCUGCUGCUGCUGUUUCUAAAACAUCAAGGGCUGUCACGCCAGCACCAGGUGGUGCAGGACCAGCCGCCUUUUCGAAACGCGCAGGCGAAUCCUCAAGCACCGCCACCACAAAGCGUCCUCGUCUCACCAAGGCUCUGGAUGAUGAAGAUUUUGGCGAGGCCAUUUCAGCAGACUCUGUCAUGACUGGGGUUUGGCGAUGAGUCGCAACCGUCGUAACAGGCAGUGAAAUUUUUAAGUUAAAUCAUUAAACACCAAAUUUUAAUGGGCAG